CCUCUGCUGACGCCUUCUCCUGCGCGCUCAACAAGGGCCCCUCCACACCACACACAUGGCCUGCUACGACCUCUGCCGCCCCUGCGGACCCACCCCGCUGGCCAACAGCUGCAACGAGCCCUGUGUCAGGCAGUGUGAGGACUCCCGCGUCGUCAUCCAGCCUUCCACCGUGCUGGUCACCCUGCCAGGACCCAUCCUCAGCUCCUUCCCCCAGAGCACCGCCGUUGGAUCCUCCUCAUCCGCUGCCGUGGGCAACGUCCUGGGUGCCCAGGGAGUGCCCGUCUCCUCUGGGGGCUUCGGCUACGGCUUCGGAGGCCUGGGCUGCUACGGAGGUGGAAGAGGCUGCAACAUCUGCUAAGGGCCCCAGACAGCACCCUGACAACAGCAACAACACCCUGGAAGCAGCACAAAGGACUGAGGAUGCACAUCCACACUGUUCCUGACACAUAUAUCUGCUGUCCACAAGUUCUCCUCUCACGGUACCAAAAAAGGAAGCAGAGCAUGGGCCCAACCUGUGCUGCCUGAUACACAUGCCUGAUGGAUGUCCUCCCCUUCUCUCACUACCUUCUCUGCAUCAACCAUCUGCUAUGUCCAGUACUCUGAGCCACAAACAGCAUCUCAGAAGCUUAGAAAGAUUCAGGGCACCUUUACUGGGCUCCUCCCAGUUCAGGGCAGGAGACCUCAGUGCUCUGACAGAAUCUACUGCAAACAGAAAACCUCAGUGGAUGGUCAUCCUACUUCCACCUUACUCCAGCUCUCUACCACCUUAUACAUUUACAUUUUCUCUGUCUUGUCACAAUAAAGUUCUUCUGCAU